CACCUCAGCCUCAGCAAGAAGCAGGAAAACAUAUUCAGAGAAGGAAGGAUUCUCACAAAACCAGACCGAGGAGGAAGUUGAGGGAUGACUGAGGACUUGGAGGAGCAGGAAGACGAGCUGCUCGCUCUCCAGAGUAUCUUUGAUGCGGACGAGUUUGUUCGGGACGAGUCGAAGUCUGCCGGAGAAAUCCGAGUAUGUGUCGAGCUUCCUGCCGGCUUCAGCGUGGCUCUCAGAGAGGGUAAAUCAGAGGAGCCGGGGUUGUCAAACAUGUGAAAGUCUGCGUCAGUAUGAUAUUUCUUUCCUUCCACCGCUGCUUUUGAACUUUGGGCUUCCUGGGGACUACCCCUCCUCCUCCCCUCCCUCCUUCAGCCUCACCUGCAGCUGGCUGACUCGCACACAGUUGGCUGCACUGUGUGCUCAUCUCGGUGAUCUCUAUGAGGCCACUGGGGGCGCUGUGGUGCUCUUUUCCUGGGUGCAGUUUCUCAGAGAAGACGCUCUGAGGUUCCUGAACAUCCACAGUAAGCUGGAUCUUCCUCCUGAUGAACGCAGCACCCUGCAUUAUAACCAGGACCAACACGAUGCUGAACCCUCAGGACCAAAGAACAAUUCAGAGCCAGAGUUCUCUGUACCAUCCUCGGAAGUUCAGCAGAAUCCUUCUGACGGGAGCAGCACAGACUCUCAGGGAGCUUCGGCUUUAGACUCCUGCAAGCAUGACCAGAAGGAUUUGAACUCUCACCAGAGCCAGAGUGAUCUAGCCUCAGAUUAUCAAAGAGCUCUUUCUCCAGAGCCUGCACUCCAAAACCAAACUGCACACACUCCAGAUGUGACAAUCCUCCAAGCCUCAGAGUUUAAGGUUGAUCCCCAGGAUGAUCUCUCUUCAUCUGCAGAGAAAUCCAAGCAUCAUCAAAGUGGCCGGGGAGAUUUCUUAAAUGAAGGAGAUGCUUCUCUCUCAUCGCUGCUUCCCUCUACCUCCUCAGGCACGUUAGAUCCAAGUGAACUUGGAGCUGCUUCUCUGCCGGUCCACCCCACAGAUUCUCCUCAGAGUGAAGAGCAAACCCUCUCUGGUCUCUUUUUAACUCCAUCACAGACUCUGCUGUCACACAUUUUGAUCUAUGAUGCGGCCCAGAAACAGAAAGUGUUUGCCACCACCGUCUUUGACUGCGGGGUUUGUUUUAUGGACCGGCUCGGGUCCGAGUGCGUGAAGCUGUCACCGUGUGGCCACGUAUUCUGCCGGGCCUGUCUCUGCGAGUUCUGUACGGUUCAGAUCACAGAGGGGAACGUCCGGGGUGUCACCUGUCCUCAGGCAGACUGCGCUGGUGCUCCUACACCUGCACAGGUGCAGAGUCUGGUAGGGGAGAAGCUGUUCAGCCGCUAUGACCGUCUCCUGCUGCAGAACACUCUGGACAGCAUGUCUGAUGUGACGUACUGUCCUCGAACAUCCUGUGGCUCUGCUGUGAUUUUGGAGAAGUCCAGCAAGGCAGUGCUUUGCUCUGAGUGUGGCUUUGCCUUCUGCGUCACGUGCAAAAGGACCUACCAUGGAUUAGAAGAGUGUGAAACCAAGAAAAAACAUGCAAGAGAUGCAUUGCAAACCAUUUUAAAAAGCCUAGACUUGCCACAGUCACAAGAGGGGGUGAGUGCUCUCUUGAAUGACUAUAAACAUGGCAGUAAGGAGAGGAAACGCCUGCUGGUGAGCAGAUAUGGCAACAUGCUGGUAACGCUGGAAAAUAAUCUGAAUGACACCUGGUUGGCCAACAACAGCAGAUGCUGUCCUCACUGCUUCAGCAGAAUCGAGAAGAAUGGAGGAUGUGACCACAUGUUAUGCUCUCAGUGUGGACAGGACUUCAAUUGGUGCUGUGCUUUCAGACUGACAACAGAAAAUGGAAAAACGCACUUACAGGAAUAUAUCUGUGAGAACCACCGAAAAUAGCGUCCCAGUGCUUCCGCUACUUUCAUCAGCAGCCCAUCAACAAGCAGUGUGCGUGUUUUGUCACAUUAAAAUUAGUUUUAUUUAAAAAUAUUAAAAGAGAAAUUAGAUCUGAUUGAGACAAAAAAAAAGAAAUUUACAUCCUGUGAAGUGUUUUGACCCAGACAUGUCAUACUGUAUCAUGGUCAGCAGAGGGCGCUAAACAACAAGAAUGACAAAGUAGUAACAUGACAAGUUCCUUUUGGUAACUUUAGAAAAGCUAAUACGUAAAACAAAAUCUGUCUGUUUGUUAUUUUCAAUAAAUUGAUACAUGAAUUUAA